CUGUAAUGGUGGCAGGCCUACCCCAAGUGGAAUAGCAUUGAGGCAGACUGUGAAGUAUUUGCUGACUGAGAGAGGAGGCCGUGGGUGCUCCUUCCUCAGACUUCAUGACCCAACCCAGGCCAGGCCCGUGACCCCCAAGAUCUGUAACUCUGUGUGUGUGUGUGUGUGUGUGUGUGUGUGUGUGUGUGUGUGUGUGUGUGUGUGUGUGUGUGUGUGGUUUGAGUGAUCGCUGUACAGUGUUUGAUUUGGUUAAGUUACAAUCACGACCCUUUAAGGAGAAAACAUAUAAUUCUAGUAAUUUUAUUGGACUCAGGUUUCAGGCAAAUGGAAACAAAAUUGCCUCUAAAAAUAAAACACAGACACAGAGAAUUGAAUAAAACAAUAAUAAUAAAAAGCCUCCCUUGCCUGGAGAUAAGUGGUAAGGCUUUUUGUGGAAUAUUAGAGAAAAGGAGGGGGAUGGGGAGGGAAAAUAAACCACUCCACCGCCCUUGCUUUCAUUUCUGUUUUACCUUUCCUAAAGGGUUGAUUUGCGUAUUCUAAAGAAACGCAGAAAAAGCCACUGGAGCAAUUGGUCCUUGUCCCGCGUUCAACAGUACAGGUGGACGGAGGGGGCUGGCUGCCAAAUACUUCUGGUUGGAGGGAGGGGUGGGAGUGCUCGCUCCAAACCACUCCUGGAAUGGCUUAACUCGCCCAGCGCGAAUCAAUGACAACCUCUCCCUGGCUGCGGCAGGCUCCCGGAGCAGCGCUGCCGUGUGGACGCCCAGCCUCGGACCCUGGCGGCGCUCAGGACACAGCCCGGGCACGAGCACGACGUCCCCGGCGUGGCCAGGGCUCUGGCUGAGAACAUGGCCAAUGACAUCGAUGAGCUCAUCGGCAUCCCUUUCCCUAACCACAGCAGUGAGGUGCUAUGCAGCCUCAACGAGCAGCGGCAUGCGGGGCUGCUGUGCGACGUUCUGCUGGUGGUCCAGGAGCAAGAGUACCGGACACACCGCUCGGUGCUGGCGGCCUGCAGCAAAUACUUCAAGAAGCUCUUCACGGCCGGUAACCUGGCCAGCCAGCCCUACGUCUAUGAGAUUGACUUUGUCCAGCCCGAAGCUCUGGCUGCCAUCCUGGAGUUUGCCUACACCUCCACACUCACCAUCACUGCCUCCAAUGUCAAGCACAUCCUCAACGCUGCCAGGAUGCUGGAGAUCCAGUGCAUUGUGAAUGUGUGCCUGGAGAUCAUGGAGCCUGGCGGCAACGUCGGUGAGGAGGAUGACAAGGAGGAGGAGGACGACGAUGAAGACGACGAUGAUGAAGAUGAUGAGGAGGAAGAGGAAGAGGAAGAAGAGGAGGAGGAGGAUGACACUGAGGACUUUGCUGACCAGGAAAACUUGCCUGACCCCCAGGACAUCAACUGCCCCCAGAGCCCCUCCAAGACAGACUGUCUCACAGAGAAGGACUAUUCUGACACACCCAGGGACUUCCCCGACUCCUUCCAGCCCGAAAGCCCUGGCCACCUGGGAGUGAUCCGGGACUUCUCCAUUGAAUCUCUGCUGAGGGAGAACUUGUACCCCAAGGCCAGCAUCCCUGACAGGAGACCCUCCUUAUCUCCAUUUGCCCCAGAAUUCUUCCCGCACCUCUGGCCAGGUGACUUUGGUGCCUUUGCCCAGCUGCCUGAACAGCCCAUGGACAGUGGGCCACUGGAUCUAGUCAUCAAGGACAGAAAGAUCAAGGAGGAGGAGAAAGAGGAGCUGGCCCCACCCCCACCCCCUCCCUUCUCUAGCGACUUCUUCAAGGACAUGUUUCCUGACCUGCCUGGUGGGCCGCUGGGCCCCAUCAAGGCAGAGAAUGACUAUGGUGCCUAUCUCAACUUCCUGAGUGCCACCCACCUGGGGAGCCUCUUCCCACCCUGGCCGCUGGUGGAGGAGCGCAAGCUGAAGCCCAAGGCCUCUCAGCAGUGCCCCAUCUGCCACAAGGUCAUCAUGGGGGCUGGGAAGCUGCCCCGGCACAUGAGGACCCACACCGGAGAGAAGCCGUACAUGUGCAGCAUCUGCGAGGUCCGCUUCACCAGGCAGGACAAACUGAAGAUCCACAUGCGGAAGCACACGGGGGAGCGGCCCUACUUGUGCAUUCACUGCAACGCCAAGUUUGUGCACAACUACGACCUCAAGAACCACAUGCGCAUCCACACGGGCGUGCGGCCCUACCAGUGUGAGUUCUGCUACAAGAGCUUCACGCGCUCCGACCACCUGCACCGCCACAUCAAGAGGCAGAGCUGCCGCAUGGCGCGACCCCGGCGUGGUCGCAAGCCUGCUGCCUGGAGGGCAGCCAGCCUGCUCUUUGGGCCGGGUGGCCCCUCAGCCGACAAAGCGGCCUUCGUGAUGCCACCCGCGCUGGGCGACGUGGGUGGCCACCUGGGCGGCACAGCCGUGUGCCUCCCGGGCCCCAGCCCUGCUAAGCACUUCCUGGCAUCACCCAAGGGCACCCUGAGCCUGCAGGAGCUGGAACGUCAGUUCGAGGAGACGCAGAUGAAGCUAUUCGGACGCGCGCAGCUCGAGGCCGAGAGGAACGCCGGCGGCCUCCUGGCCCUGGCACUGGCUGAGAACGUAGCCGCCACUCGGCCCUACUUCCCACUGCCUGACCCCUGGGCGGCAGGCUUGGCUGGCCUCCCUGGUCUCACCGGCCUCAACCAUGUGGCCUCCAUGUCUGAAGCCAACAACUAGGCUGGCCCUGGUCCACUCUAGUCCCAAACCCUGUCUUAAGUCCCUCUAAGGCCCGCCCUGCCCCACCCAGUGGACCUGAACUUUCUAGUUUGCAAACACAAAGGGAUAAUGGAGAAAAAAAAAUUACAUUUUAGCAGAGAUGCAAUUUUCCUGGCCUUUGAGGGCAGCAUCUCCCUUUUGCUGGUGUCUGAGCUGGACACCUCUUCCCUGAGGGAUUAGAAACCCCCCACCUGGCUGCCUCUGGCUCACAUAGAAAUAUGCAGGGUGCCAAGUCUCAGAAGGCUCUGCGCUGGUGCCAGGAGCACGUUGCUGCUGCGGUAUGGGGCUGUGAGGAGGGAGCCCUCUGCCAGGAGGCUGGCUGGGAGGAGCUAGCCUGAGGACUGUGUCCUGGCCAGGCACCUUGCUUCAGCCAUACUACCCUAUGGGGGAAAUCACUCCCACCUCGGCUUUCAGAGUCAGGUUCCAGCUCAGAGGUCCCGGAUCCAAUUGAGCAGUGCUUUUGGGCCAUGGGGAAAAACCAUCCCUACUGAGCAGAAAGGCUUCCAGCAUAGAGUGAGCCCAUUUUAUAUUGGCUUGACCUGUGACCUUAGGUGGGUCAACUUUCUGUGCCUCAGAGUCACCCUGCUGUGAAAGGGGGUGGUAACUUACAUUCCCCUCCCCCCAUUUCCAUACAUAUUCACACCUGUUCCACUCUGAGCUGACAAGAGUUCCUUGGAAGGUAGAAGUUUAGCAUCCCCAGAGUUACUGGGGAGACUAUCUUACUGGAGUAAGACACAUGGCAGGACAAGACAGGGAACGAGGAAUGAGAGAGAGGGCUGGGUAGGGCUUCGUGGCUUUCAAUACCCAUAGGUAGCUCCAGGAACCCCAAAUUCUGCCUCACUUCUGGCAAGCCACUGCCAUAUCUAGACACCCCGUAGAAACGCAAGAGCAUUGGUUCACCCCACAUGCCCUCAGUGUUCAGGCUCCUUUAGCUAACACUGAGGGAUGGGGCCAGCUUCUAACAGCCACUGCCUGCCUGCCUCCUCCCAACCCUGCAAAUGUCACAGAACCUAGUCAUCCUAGUCAACCCUGCUCCUUGAGUUCAGGGUUCUCCAGACCUGGGCUUUGCUGGUGACACCCUUCUACUGUGUUUGAGCCCGUGAGCUCCCUUUCCACAUUUGACCAAAAGGUUCCCGUGCAAAGAGGUGGAGUCCCUUGGGUUGUGAUGGGCUGUGUAGCAAGCCACACUCAAAACAACUUUGCUGGCCCAUGGGUUCUUGAGUUUGCAUUGGUUUCUUGAGAUCCCAGGAAGGAGAAUCCACCUGCUCGGAAGGCCUAGGCCUGGAGUCCCAGACCCCCCAAGCGGUAGGUACAAGAGACUCACCUCUUCCUAUAUCUGUUGUCUUGGCUUCUUCAUGUACAAACACAAACAUAAAAAGGUCAGAGAAGGCAGCAGACUCUAUCCCUCCUGAAGCUCCCAAGAGAAUCCCUGCCUGCCAGUGCCAGUCCAUCAGGGAGGAUUUUCCUCAGAUGCCCCGUCCUCAUCAGUCACCUGCUGGGCAGCUGCCUCUUAAAUUCCUGUCUGCAGUUCAGACAGUUACCAAUAUGCACACUUUGCCCCAGCAGCCAAGUGGCCGUAGCUGAACCAGACUCAGAACCAACAGAGGGACCCAGGGGAGGGCAGUGGUGUCAGGUUUCUGUUUUUAUUUUGUAAAGGUAAUGACUUCUUAUAAACUCACUUUUUCAGAUGACUUGGCUAGUUCUUUUUGUCGUCUGUUUUUGGGUUUUUUUUUUUUUUGUUUUUUUGUUUUUUUCUGGGCUGCCGUUUGGAAUUGUAUAUUGUAAAAUAUCCAAAGAUGCCGAGUAGGAUGAAGCACUUGAAACAAGUGGAUCUGGUGGGGGGAGGGCAGCUGUGGGCUUUUUAUUAUUAUUGUUGUUGUUAUUGUUUUGUUUUGUUUUAUGUUCCUGACUUCCCUGUCUGUCUGUGGGAGACCUUUGGAAUUUUUUCUAUUUAUAAAACUUUUUAUGUGACGCCUCUAUGUAAAAAAAAAAAAAAAAAAAAAAAAAGACACACAAUGAAGUUUGCCUUAGUGAUUCAAGGGACAAUCUUCCAUAACUUUGGUCGCACGCUGCAUCCUGCCCAGAAAUGCUCAGAUAAUUUUCUGGCCUAUUUAUUAAACAAUAUUAACUGACUUGAUUAAAUGAUAUUGAGAGUGGCCUUCUGUGUGACUUCUAGAAGCUCACGGGACAACAACGAGCCCCGAGAUGGAAGUCCCUUGCUUACGGUUGACACCUCUGGGCACAGCAAUUUUCAUGUCAAAGACACUUUUACAAAACACAAACCUUUGACUCUAAUUCUUAUCAUCAUCAUCACCACCACCACCACCAUCAUCAUCAUCAUUUUAUGUCUACGGGUUUUGCCCACAUCCGUGUCUGUGUACCAUGUGUAUGCCUGGUGCUCAAGGAGGCCAGAGUAGGGCACUAGAGUUAAAAAUGGUUGUGAGCUGCCGUGUGGGUGUUCAGAAUCAAAGUGGGUCCUCUGGACUCAUGGUUAAACUAUCCCUCCAGUCCAAGACCUUUGACUCUAAUUGCUUGAAGGAUCGUGGGAGAUUUAGUUUUGCUUUUUGAGGCAGGGACUCACUGUAUAAUCCAGGCUAGCCUUGAACUCAUCACCCUCUUGCCUCAGCCCUCACACCUGAAUUGCUUUGAGCAAGAAUGAGCUCUGUUUGUCUACUGCCAUGGUUCAGACUGGCUUUCCCCUUUCCAUUCUCAUUUCAGGGGCUGGGGUGGGGAGGAAGGCCAGACCUCAAUUCUUCACUGUAUCUCAUGUGCACACAGCAUGUGCACACACAGCCUGGUAUGUGUGACAAGGACAGUCCUGAGGAUGCUGACUGGGCAGUACAUCUGGUCUUGCCAGUUCCAUGGCUAGGGCCCAGUAGCCUCCAGUCAGCCUUGCUGCCAUCCCACGACUGCUGAAGAGCCAGACUCCUCCUCUUCCUCCUCCUCUUCUUCCUCCUCCCCCUCCUCCUCUUCUUCCUCUUCCCUCUCCUCUUCCUCCUCCCUCUCCUCCUCUUCCUCUUCCCCCUCCUCCCUCUCUUCCUCCCCCUCCUCCUCCCUCUCCUCCUCCCUCUCUUCCUCUUCCUCCUUCCUCUUCCUCCUCCCUCUCCUCCUCCUCCUCUCCUUCCUCCUCUUUCUCCUCCCCCUCCUCCUCCCCUUCCUUCCCCCCUCUUCUUCCUCCUCCUUUCACCCAAGCCUCUUCUAACCAGAGACUCUGAUCCUGUUGGAGAGAAGGAAAUACACUUAUCGCUGAAUGAGGUCUCCCCCAUGCAGACGGCAGACCCAGAGCUCAGAUUCUUGCAGUAAAGUUGUUGUGCUGCACUGUGGACAAACUGAAGGUUAACCCAGAGCCACCCCUCAUUCCUUUGUGGAUAUGAUAGGCCCUCCCUUUCUAUGUGUCAAUUCCCAGCACAGGGGAAAGAAUCCAGUCAGGGUAAAAUCCAGUCCAGGAUUUGAACUCCUGUCUUCUCUGAGCUGUGUGUUCUCAGACUAAUCAUCCUCCCACUCUGGUUCUCCCCUUCAGAACUCUUGAAUAAAGAACGUUCCUAGGUUCUCUGCCUGAAUAGCCUCAUCAGGGGACCCAAUCCAGCCUUCUUGAUAGGAGACAGAAAGCAAAAGAGCUGGCCUGACACACCCUUCCUGUAAGGGCAGAGGGUCUCUGAAGUCACCCAGUGUUGUUUACAGGUCACACCUCUGCACCCUGAUACAUGUGUGUGUGUUUACUUAAAGAUUUAUUUAUUUAUUAUAUGUAACUACACUUAGCUGUCUUCAUGCACACCAGAAGAGGACAUCAGAUCUCUUUACAGAUGGUUGUGAGCCACCAUGUGGUUGCUGGGAAUUGAACUCAGGACCUCUGGAAGAGCAGUCAGUGCUCUUAACCACUGAGCCAUCUCUCCAGCCCCACAUGCAUAUAUUUAUCUGAGCAUAAAUAAUGUCCAGACUCUUUGCCAAAUGGCUUACUUCUUCACAUCUCCUAGUGACAUCAUAAUGGCUCUUGGCUACCAAGUAGUGUUGGGAGAACUGGGAGGGAGGGUAAGAGCAUAGACUACAUGUUCCCAGGAAUUUAGGCAUUCUGGGAUUGUUUGGUCCUAUUGGGUAGAGUCGUUGUCUACAAAGGGGCAUAAAUCAUGAUGGAGAAGGAACAGGGAUUAGAGCCCAGCAAACCUCUGAUUGCUCCGUGACUUCCUCCUGGAAGUAAAAUCUAGCCUGACCAUAUGAGAAUCGCACAGAGCCCUAGCAGGCUCAGGCUGCCCCUUCAGGCCUGAAAGUACCAGAGGGCUAGCCACCUAGGCCUUUAGGGAAGGAAGAGAGCAGGAGGAGGCCUCUGAGAAACGAAGGAGUGCUCACCUUCAACCGGAAAAGCCAGUAGGGCUGUGAUGGAUGGAGGAGGGCUUAGCCAAGCAUUUGGCCAGCUUGAGCCAGUAGGAAAGAGACCAGAGGUCUAAAAAGAAGUUAACUUUCUAACAUUGACCUUACCCUGAGAGGCACGAGGCCACACAUGAGGAGCACGCUGCUCUGAACCUGGUAACAAGCAUUUCAGGGGGGCUGGAGUUGGAGAAUUCACCAGGGGAGGAGAAAGCAUCAAUUUCCCUUCCGUCUCUUCCGUCUGGUUUGUGAGCUAUGACUCAGGAAGGACAGCCGUAUACAUGCAAAAGAAACACAGGGACAAUGUCACAAAGCUACCUUGGUCCAGAGCUGCUGGGACAUCCCUCCGCUCUACUGGUGGCCAGGUUGGGGCUGGAGAAAAGUGAGUGGCAAGGAGAGGGGGGCCCGUGUGCUAUCACCUCAGUUUCCAGAUGUCUGUCGCCAGGGCUUUCAUUAUCCUCUCCUUCCCUUUUGCCUGCUGUCCUCCCUGUGGGCCUCUCAGCUCGCCGCAGAGCAGUGUUACAGGCACAGACCUCCUGUCACUCCAUGGACGAGUCCUCCCACAUGCAACAGUCACUGUUUCCAGCUGCUCAGGGGAUCAGGAGAGAAGAGGGACGCAGAGGCAGCACGCACAGGUGGCAGGGCCCUCGGAGCACCAGAUGCACGAAUGCUGAAUUGUUCUCCAACCCACGGAACCCCCAGUCCUGCAGGACCCCCUCAGGCUGAGUUCCCAUCACACCCUGGUGUGUCCACAAACAAGCCAGAGUUCUUGUGGAAAUGACAUGGGUAGGAUAUACCCCUAGCUCAUCCCUUGCACCCAGCAGUCUGCUCUCAACACCCCCUUGCCUGAAAGCCGGUCUUGGCUGGUGGAAUCCUCACCUGAGUGGUCACUUGCAAGGGAGCAGAUGGCAGAAGAGGACCCUACACACAGGUUUCUACAAGUUCCACUGGGUAGCCAUUUAGAAAUCAAGAUGUUCUGGACCUUAAAGCCCCCCCCCCAGGGCAAGGCAAAAUUUAAUUAAAGCCUCCAUUUUUCUUUAUUUGGACAUCAAA